AUGAACCUCCCAACAAAAGUUGGUUCGCACACAAUUACAUUCUGGGCAGAGAACAGCAAUGGACUCAAGAGUAGUGUAUCGAGACAAUUGGUAAAGAUAAAUGUUGGUCCUAAAAUCAUUUUAUGGAAUGAAAUUCAAGAGACAUAUUCAAGGAAUGGAUUCAUUGAUUUCAACUCAAUCAUCUUUGAUGAUUCAUCAACAUAUAUUUAUUACCAAUUUGACUCAUUGCCACAAUCUCAUUUAAGUAAUUAUAUUACAUGUAAUGGGAAGAAUACAACAGUCAAUUUGCAAAUCCCAAUUCCGGAAGAAAUGUCUAUCGGAAACCAUCAAAUCACAGUUUGGCUUCGGGAUUGGUAUGAUGUUGAAUCUGAUAAAAUCACAAGAAGCUUUAAUUUUGCAGAUAGAUACGUUCCUAAAUUAACUGUCAAACUUCAGGAACAACGAGAUACGUAUGGUUAUUUCGAAAAUGUUUCUUUUGUAGGAACAGUUCAAGAUAUGGAUGCAGAAGAUAAUACACAUGUUUUCAUUCAAAUCGAUGAUGGAGAAGAGAAUUUAAUCUUUGAUUUCGAAUCGAAUAAUGAAGUUCACUCAUUCAACUACUCAAUCAAUCUUGGUAAUGAAGACAAACAACACAAUGUGAUAUUUAGAGCCCGUGAUGAUAGUAGAGCAUCAUCCGAAGACCAAAAGUUCACAAUCAAUAUCAAACAAUUACCAUCAAUCAUUGUAACAUCAGAACUCGAUGAACAAUAUCUUCCAAACACUACAAUAUCUAUUAGUGGAUAUAUUGCAGAUUUUGAUGUCGGUGAAGAAGUCCAACUUUUCAGUAAAAUUAACAAAGAUAUCACAGAGUAUGCAACAUUACCAAUGCAUAUUCAAGAUGAUUAUAAAACACCAAUCUUUACAUUCACAGUUCAACUUCCUAUUGAAGUUAUGAGAAACAAUAUUUAUAUUUGGGCAACAUCUGCUGGCGGAAUUACAUGUAAGACAACAAAUAUUAAGGUAAUAACAAAUAGACCUCCAGUUCUUGAUCACUGGAAUCCAAUCAAAACUAACUACUCUAUGAGUAAAUACAUUGAUUUUGAUGGCAACAUAACAGAUGAUUCCAACUGCAUGAUUUAUGAUAGAUUUGAUAAUAAUUCCCCAAAGCAUAUUAAUGAGAUGCUCCCGAUCAGAAGCCCGAGUUUCCCAAUUAUUAGAAGAAUACCAAUUAAUGGCAACGAUCUUGAAUUCGGCAAACACAAUAUAUCAAUUUACAUUGUUGAUGAAUUUGGUAUCGAAUCUAAUGUUAUGACACAAGAGUUUGAAUUCAGAAAUACUUAUGCUCCAGAAGUUAUACUUAAUCCACUCGUGAAGAAAGGUCCAUACAGAUACAGUGAAAAAGUUACAUUUAGUGGAAGUGUUCGCGAUUUAGAUGUUGGUGAUCAUGUUGUUGUUUUGUUCCAAGUUGGUAGCAGCAAAUUAACAGAGCUUUAUGAUUCCAUUGCAGAUGGUUAUUGGCAUGAUUUCUCAUAUACCAUUGAUGUUCCAAGAGGAGAUGGUUUGUUCACGAUAUAUGUUGCAGCGAUGGAUCAAACAUAUUCUAAAUCGAAUGAAGUUGCUCUUGAAUUUAAUGUAGAAAGGAAUGUUGCUGUCCAAAUGCUGAAACCAAUGCGUAAAGCAUAUCGCGAAGGAGAAACAAUGCAACUUUCCUCAAUGCUUUUAGAUUUCACAGAGAACACCACGGUUGCAUUCUGCUAUAGUAUUGACGGCGAUGGAAAGAAUUUGAUAUCUAAUGUAGACAUAUAUGACAACAUGACCUCAGGUAUUGUUGAUUACAAUAUUACACUUCAUGAAUCUAAAUCAGAUCAUUAUUUAAUUCUAUGGGGUGAAAAUGAACAAGGUCAUGUUCUUUGCCCAUACAUGGAAAUCUACAUCAUUGUCAGUCAAGCUCCCGAACUUAAUGUAACUAAUACACUUAAUGAUAAUUAUUAUGGACAUGCAUUCAUUGAAGUCGAUGUUAGUGUCUAUGAUGAUACUGAUGGUUAUGUUUAUUACAGGAUAGAUGAAGGAAAAGAAGUCAAAAUUUCAGGACUGAUUCAAAGUUUCUUUGAAAUUGAGCAACGAAUAUUACAAAUUGAAAUAACAGAAGGAAGUUUGGUUGAAGGAAAGCAUACAUUAUAUGUUUACUUCAAGGAUGAAUUCGGAAGUGAUUCUGUUCCUUUCGUUAAAGAAUUUGAUUAUUCGCACGAAUACCAUACCCCCGAACUCAUUGUCGGGCAUAAACUUAAAGGUUACACAUAUGGAUAUUUCGAAACAAUUAAUAUAAAUUGUAAAGUGACAACUAGAAAUUCAGAUGACCAAGUUAAAAUAUUAUUAAAAUACAAUUUCGGAGAUUAUGAAAUUAUUCAUGAAUUCCCGCAGAGCUCAAGAAACCUCCUUUCAGACGAAGAAAGUAUGGAUUUCAGUUACAAAAUUCCAAUGAUUCCAUAUAAUGGAUUCCAUACGGUUACAAUUAAAGCAAUCAAUAAAUAUGGCAUUGAAUCAAAGUUCACAUUAUUAGAUUUUGAAGUAAGAAGGCUUCCUGGAAUUGAGUUCAUCAAACCAUUUAAAGUUAACUACAAUAACGAUGAAGUUAUUGAAGUAAUUGGAAUGGUUGUUGAUUAUGAUAUUAACACCCAAUUUGAUGUUUAUUACAAAUUAGAUAAUAGUGGAAAUACAUUUGUUAAAACUGUCAGUAUUGGCACUAAUUACAAAUCCAAUGAGUUCAAAUUCGCAUUAAAUCCAAGUACAGAUGUAAACAUUCAUAACUUCAAAUUAUGGAUUGAAAAUAACCAUAAUGAAAUAUACAGUACAACUGGAAACUUCUUAGUUAAUUCACCUCCACAAUUAGAAUUAAUUAAUCCUCUUAGAAAUGUCUAUUAUGAUAAUGACCAUAUGAAUAUCGAUUUCAAGAUCAAAGAUAAUACCAAUGUCAAACUUUGUUAUUCAUUCGACAGCAAUCAGGAAACAUGUUUCAAAGAAACCAUUUAUUCUUAUGAGAGAGAAUAUUCUUACAGAAAGCAAAUCACAAUUGAUAGAAGUGUAGUUUCAUAUGAUCGGCACACAAUCCACAUUUUUGCUGUUGAUGAAUUCAAAAUGAAAUCAACAUCUUUUGAUCAUAUAUUUACAUAUCAAACAUGA